CAUAGUUACACGUCAACCAAAAGUUGUCAUUGAUUUAGAGGUUUGUUUUGUCCUUGUCGGUGUCCGGCGUUUCGGACUUAAAUCGGGUUCAACAAAUUGUGCUAGACCAUGGCCUUCUUCGGUUUAACACACCUGGGUUAUGAAAACCCCAUAGGCGACAAAAUGCUUGUAAAUCUCAGGGGAGCGUCUCAUUCUCACGAUGGACACCCUCCAUCUCUUCAAGAACAUCAGGAACCCCUGAGAUGUAAAGAGACAUGCAAAGUUUACCACCAGCCGCUCCCUUACAGCACUGACAUACACCAUGGUAGUCAUGCGCAAUACAAAGAGAUGGUCAGAAAGUUUCGGACCCCCAGAUCUCCUAACCAGCUGUACGUAACGCCUCUGACGGAAAGCCAGCAGUAUGGAUGGACGGUGUCCGAGAGUCAUGAACCAUGGACCCAAAUCAAAAAGUUUCCCCGGAAGAACAGUGAGAUGACCAAGUUUGUCAAAGAAAUGUCAAUGUCAGACCGGGAGUUCAGCCUGUUUUGACAGCGUUCGUCAUUGUGUCAUUCACACUCAUGCACACGAUCCCUCAUUCGCAAACACAUGAAUGUCUGAAAUUAAACUGAUAAAAGUUUCACUUUUCA